UCGGAAAGCUUUUACAACUUUCUCCAUGAUUGUUUGAGUCUGGCUGCACUGACCUGUGGAGCUUUCACUGCUUGUUGAGGGGCUGUCAACACAAUGGGACGCCUGUGUCUGCUCCUGGUUGUCAGUCUCUCCCUGCUCACCUGCCAGGUUCUGUGCUCCGGAGUGUUUGAGCUGAAGCUGCAGGAGUUUCUCAACAAGAAAGGGAUCCAGGGGAACGCCAACUGCUGCCCGGGAGGCUCCGCUCAUCCGCAGGGCCACCAGCAGUGCGAAUGCAAGACUUUCUUUCGGGUCUGUCUAAAGCAUUAUCAGGCCAACGUCUCCCCAGAGCCUCCCUGCACCUAUGGCGGGGCUGUGACACCCGUCCUCGGCUCCAACUCCUUCCAGGUGCCGGAGACGAACGCGGACAGUUUUACCAACCCAAUCCAGUUUGCCUUUGGCUUCACAUGGCCAGGGACGUUUUCACUGAUCAUUGAAGCUCUGCACACUGACUCCCUGGACGACCUGGCAACAGACAACCCAGAGCGUCUGAUCAGCAGGAUCACCACUCAGCGUCACCUCACUGUGGGAGAAGAGUGGUCCAAGGACAUGCAGACAGCGGGCAGGACGGAGCUGCGUUACUCCUACCGCUUCCUGUGUGAUGAGCACUACUACGGCGACGGCUGCUCCGUCUUCUGCCGGCCCAGAGACGAUGCUUUUGGACACUUCACCUGCGGCGAGCGUGGAGAGAUCAUAUGCAACUCUGGCUGGAAGGGACAAUACUGCACAGAACCAAUCUGCCUCCCUGGAUGUGAUGAAGAACAUGGCUUCUGUGAUAAACCAGGAGAGUGCAAGUGUCGUGUGGGCUUCAGUGGGCGUUACUGUGAUGACUGCAUCCGUUACCCGGGCUGCCUCCAUGGCACCUGCCAACAACCCUGGCAAUGCAACUGCCAGGAGGGAUGGGGUGGGCUCUUCUGCAACCAGGAUCUGAACUACUGUACACACCACAAGCCCUGCCUUAAUGGAGCCACCUGCACCAACACUGGUCAGGGCAGCUACACUUGUUCCUGCCUACCUGGAUACACAGGAGCCAGCUGCGAGAUCCAGGUCAACGAAUGUUCUGGAAACCCUUGUCGCAACGGAGGCAGCUGCACUGACAAUGACAGUGGUUACAAGUGCACCUGUCCACCUGGUUUCUAUGGAAACAACUGCGAGCUAAGUGCCAAUACCUGUGCGGACGGGCCUUGCUUCAAUGGUGGCCGCUGUGUUGACAACCCAGAAGGCGGCUACUUUUGCCAGUGCCCGAUGGGAUAUGCUGGCUUCAACUGCGAGAAGAAAAUCGACCACUGCUCCUCCAACCCGUGUUUAAAUGGUGCAGAAUGUGUGGAUCUGGUGAACUCCUACCUCUGUCAGUGUCCUGAAGGAUUUUCAGGUCCUAACUGUGAGGACAGCAUCAGCAUCUCUGGAGACUGUUUGUCCUUCCCCUGUCACAAUGGUGGGACGUGUCAGGAGGGAGUGAACGGUUACACCUGCACCUGCCCUCCAGGCUACACUGGCAAAAACUGCAGCUCCCCCGUCUCCCGCUGCCAUCAUAAUCCCUGCCACAAUGGGGCCACUUGCCACGAGCGUGGCAGUCGCUACGUGUGCGCCUGUGUGCCCGGCUACGGCGGUCACAACUGCCAGUUCCUCUUACCCGACGUUCCCAGGGGCCAGCCGGUUGUGGAUGGACCAGAUCGGCGCUAUUCUUCCCCAGAAACUGGAAAUGUUGAGGACAAAGAGGAUGAUGACAGCGGAUUUCCUUGGACGGCCGUGUGCGCCGGUGUCUUCCUCGUUCUUGUGAUCCUGAUCGGCUGCUCGGUGCUGGUGGUCUACAUUCGAGUCAAACUGCAGGAGCGACACAGUCACCAUGGUGACAGUGUCCACAGCGACAGCCGUGAAACCAUGAACAACCUGACAACCACCAACAACUGCCUCCGCAGUGACAAAGAACUUGGUGCUAUGAUGACAACCUCAAUUAAAAACACCAACAAGAAGGCAGAUUACCAUUCAGACCUUGCCGGGUCACUGGGGGGUCUGAGUGGAAUCAGUGGACUCAACGGAUCAGAGAAGAACGGCUUUAAGACUCGCUACCCCAGCGUGGAGUACAACCUGGUCCACGAGCUCCGGCCUGAGGAGCUGUCACUGUGCAAAGAGGAGGACCAUGAUGAGCCAGAGGCCAAAUGUGAAAUGCUGGAUGAGUCUGACACAGAGGAAACAUACAGAAAGAGACACAACAGUGAUGCAUCAGAAAAGAAAGCAGCAGAAGAGUCACCAAGCUGCAGCGAAGCAAAAUAUCAGUCCUCCACUGAUUUGAACUGUCAUGCAGCAGGCGAUCUUAAAUACCAGUCGACUAGUGACGUCAAAUUCCAGUCGACCAGUGAUGUGGAAUACAACAGUCCCAGUGACAGCCGGUACCAGUGUACCACCGACACCAAAUACCAGUCCGUCUACGUCAUAUCGGACCAGAAAGAUGAAUGUAUCAUCGCCACAGAGGUAUGAUACCAGUCAAGACCAGACCAGACCAGGUUCCUCUGGUUGAUGGCGGUCCACUCACACCAGCCCUGAGCAGUAGAGCUCAACUUGUCUCCAGGAGGUUUUACUCCUGCUGUUUGCUGCUGUUCCCUGGGAUUUACCAGAGGACUUUGAGCCAAGGCGCUGAUGAGCCAGCGCAGAGUCAGUACCGACUUGGCAAGGACUUACAGUACUACAGUAGUACUACGGGUGAAUUCUGGAUAUUUUCGACCUUCGAUGGAUGCAGGUCUAACGCUGACUUAGUGCUAUGGACAAAGCACCAGAAGACAGUGCCGGCACUCGUACAGACUUUGUACAGACGCAGUGCUGACUCAUGCAGCCAAAUGAAGGCUGAGGAAGACCUCGUAGGUUCACUGCUCGUACCAGGAUGAACUCUUCUCCCCUGAUUGACUUGGAUGUUGACCGAUGAUAUUGUAGUACCGUGGCGUACUGAUUGAAUGAACAGUGUAGUACCUUUGGAGUACUGAGAACUUUUGAAGUACUGUUGUAGUACUGUUAUGUGCUGUGGUUUUACAAUGCAGUGUAAAAUCUGACGUGGAUGUUGAAUAGUUCAUGUUCUGAUCAGUGCUGCAGAGUGAAAGGUGAAGCUGCAGCAACAUUAGAAGUCCCUGUGCUGCUGUGAUCUGUUCAUUGUUAAGAAUUCAUUCUAUAAAUCUUAAUUGGAGCUUUCCUGACAACACUCAGGAAAAAAAAA